GGUAUGUGAAACCAGCGCGAGCGAACGUCUGCGUCGUUAGUCUCGGCCAUCUGAAGGCAUACUAGUUAUGCUCAUACGAUAUCAUUUUUUUCAUGUAGUAUAAAGUCUGGUGUUCAGCCUUUCUGGGAAAUUUUUCAAAGGCAGCUUGCUUUUCUUGUUUUCCAACCUCAUCAGUUCCCGUAUAGUAGCCGCACUUAGUCGCAUGCCGCAGACUGCUUUCAGGAUCGUAGCUGAGGAUUCGAUAAAAUUUUGCGGUUUACUUAGAGGGGCCGAUUUAUAAAACUUCGAGUCAGAGCACGAUUUUUUUUUUCAACAAUCUUCGCAUCCAACUAUUUUGAUUUUAGAUACCCUGUUUUUAGUGCCGUGUAUUAGAGUUGGUUCAAAGACAAGUUUGAGCUGGUUCAUUCUGCUGUACAGCAUGUCAUUCGACAUGCUCGCUUGGGUGCCUUUAAGGAAAUAGUUUUUAAAAGGGAGAGAGUGUGCGUGUUCAACGGCAGUCAUGUCAUUCAUGUCUGUCCCUGCCUUGGACAGAUUGCUUGAGUCAUCAGAGAUCGAUCCGACCGCAGUACCAUCAUGGAGCGCAAGAAAUGACAGAAGAACUGCUGUUAGUAUGUCACCAUUGUUUUCAUCCCAUCUUCAUCCCAAGCCAUCAUCACCUCAGCCAGGCAUCUCUCCUACUACUUUCUACCCUUCUCCAUAUAUACUGAGUUUCAAACGGCAAGUCUCGGAUGGGACCGAUGGUGGCAUUGUAAAGGCGACUUGCUAUGGUUUUGACGAAGCGAUGCAACGCACCAGCGGUCAAAUACGUGAAUUGACUUCUUUCAGGGAGAGGAGCGAGGUAGCAUCAGACUUUCGAAAUAAAGUGACGAGUAACGACGUUGUGCUCAAUGAGGAUGUGACGCUGCCGGUUGGGGCAGUUGAAGACGAUAUUGCUGUAGAAGGCAAGUCGUGGGAAGGGCAAGAGAAUUUUCGGUUCCAGAACACUGAUAAUCUUGAAAAGCAGAUGAGCAAUACGGUAACGGAGAAAGUGGAAGUUAAGUCCAAUGGAUGGCGGAGGCAAGAGUCUGGAAAAGGGUCGAGAAGCCGGAACAUGUCUAUUGGACACCAGGAUAGUGAUUUAUCUUCCAUGUCUUCAUCGACUCGAGAAGAGUUUUUUGACGCUCCAGAAGAACCACUUGAGGGUAAUACUAGUGACGAGGACAGUUUGCGAGGGCAGAGGACUGCAAGGACGAAACCUGAUUGUAGACGUGACGUAGAUGUUAACUUAAAUUGGCAGCUGGAUCAAGAGAUCAAGCGUCGAAUGGCUGCGGAAGAUGCCAUGGCAGUUCUUCAGCUUCAGUGCUCUGAAAUGGCGUCUCACCUGAUGUCCGUAGAUGGGGGAAACCGGGGCUUGAUUGAUUUAGGUGGAAGUAGCUGGGAUAGUAGUUCCCUGGCUCAAAAGCUGGUGGUUGCACGGAUCGUGGCCGCUUCUGUGGCCAGAGGAGCUGCGAGGGCUGAGGUUGGCGAAGAAAUGGAAAAUGUGGUUGCGGAAAAGAAUCGUGAAAUUACAAGACUGCGGGAUAAGCUGCACUAUUACGAGCUUGUGAAUCAGGAGAUGUCUCAACGCAACCAAGAGGCUUUCGAACUUGCAAGAAAUCGGAGGCACAUGAGGCGAAAUCGGAACCAAUGGCUCACGGUCUGUGCUGGUAGUGCAAUUUGCUUAGGCAUUACGGCACUAGUGGUGGGCAAGUUUGUUCCCUGGGCUUCCUCUAGAUUUCCUUCUGGAGCUGUUCUGCAAUCCCAUUCGCGGACAGAUAUACAUCAUUCUUUAUCUCAUGACGCGUGAGCUUUUGAAUUGCACUCUGGUUGACAUGGAUAAUUAGGGACUCUUUAUCCACAACUCCGGGGCUUCUUUCGUAGCCCAAUGUUAUUUCCAUUAUAGUCCCAUUACGGGAACCAAUUUUAACCAAGUGAUAUUCCACGUUGGGUAUCACUCAUACUUGUUUCUUGAUCACACUUUUAAAAGUUAGUAAAUACGAUUCAUAUGUAUUCUUUUGAAUCUGAUCUGUCA